UCGCGCAGGUCCGGUCCGCCCUCGCUGCCCCGCGCUGCGCGGCGAAGAUGGCGGCUUCCGCCUGGGCGCGCACCGCCGUGGUCCUUCUCUGUGUCUCUGAUCUGCUGCUUCUCGUGCUGCUGCCGCCAAGGGCGUUCGCCGCUGAGGGCCCAGCCGAAACGCCCAGCGAGGCUACUCCACCUCCCCGGAAGAAGAAGAAGGAUAUUCGCGACUACAAUGAUGCGGACAUGGCUCGUCUUCUGGAACAGUGGGAGAAAGAUGACGACAUAGAAGAAGGAGACCUCCCAGAGCACAAGAGGCCCUCCGCGCCUAUCGACUUCUCACAGAUAGACCCGGGCAAGCCCGAGAGCAUACUGAAAAUGACGAAGAAAGGCAAGACGCUUAUGAUGUUUGUCACUGUAUCCGGAAACCCGACUGAGAAGGAGACGGAGGAAAUCACAAGCCUCUGGCAGGGCAGUCUUUUCAAUGCCAACUAUGACGUCCAAAGGUUCAUCGUGGGAUCAGACCGGGCCAUCUUCAUGCUGCGUGACGGGAGCUAUGCCUGGGAGAUCAAGGACUUUUUGGUCAGUCAAGACAGGUGUGCCGAUGUCACGCUGGAGGGACAGGUAUACCCCGGGAAAGGAGGCGGAAGCAAAGAGAAAAAUAAAACCAAGCAAGAGAAGGGCAAAAAGAAGAAGGAGGGAGACUCCAAAUCUCGGGCUUCGAAGGACGACAACCGAGCUGGGAGUCAAAGACAAGAGCUGUAGCGGGGCCACUGCCACGGGCUCUGCACAGGAGCGGGCACAGGGACAGGGCGGCCGUGGGGCACCACCCACUGAUUGACUUGUAGUUUCUGCUGGAAAAGCUCUGCCACAUGACCAGUUGGUGGUCGGUAUGAGAAUUCCUGUCUAAAAGGCUUCAAGAAAGAAAACAUUGGCUUUGUAAUUAACAUGGGACACUGACAAAUGCACGUUUACUCUCAGAUCACUUAGAUGGAAACUGGCGGUGUUGCUUUUUCCUUAAAUAUAGGGGAGUCGCUGGCUGGGUGGUGCCAUCACCCCGCUGGCCAUACCUGCUCUGAUCCGGCCCCCUGCUGUGUCUGUGCUGUUUACUUCUGUUAGCUGAAAGGACACCAGGUUCUUAACCAGACAAACCGAAGACUCUUGACGUGAUUGCAUCAGCUCCGUGCUGCAGAUAUCACCUUCAUUACUGUGAAAUGAAAACGAUGCCCUAGGAGCACGGCACGGAGCUCCAGCAACUAGAUAGACAAUCAGGAUGCCAGGAUGCUUGAAUCCCAGAACUAUGCAGCAGAUGCAGAGGACGGCAAAUAAUGCAAUUUGGAAAUCCUCCGUGUUCCCUUUGAGUUUCUUGGACUGGAAUCCCUCUUAUCAAUUAGUGAGAACUCUUGGUAUCUAUCAGGUGUUACUGGGGUCUGUAAGUCCAGGGGUUCUGUCAACUCGGAACCUUUAUUCAGGAAAGAGUAAUGCUGGGGUUGAGAGCCGAGUGUUCCAUUUCAUGUGAUGAUUUUCAUGGGUGUCAGUCAGGCAUCAGCAGAGUCUUCGCAGGGUGUAGCAGAAGACUCGACCCCCUUCUUCAUUUCUACACACUUUUCUUUGAUAAAGUGCCUAAAUUUGUGGUGGUUUUGUAUGGUACUAACAUGACACCUACCUGUUA